CCGGUGUAUUUCUGUGUGUUAGGCUAUGAGACCAUGGCAGUGACCUCAACUGAUUGAGCUCACACAGCAUCCUAUCCCCAGUAGUGGGUGGGGACUGGAGCAGGGUGCUAUCUGUGGACUUGGAAAGUGACAGGACCAGCUGGGGUAUGAAAUCCAGUACGACAGGCAGUUGGUCAGGGAGACGCAGACCACAAGUCCCCAUAGUGCUCAGUUACAGCAGCCUGCAACUCGACUAAGAAAAACUAAGAUUUUUCAGGAUUCAGUGUAACUGCUGCCAAACAUCAGGAGUUCUACAACAACCUGUAGAACUGAUCAUGUUGUGUGUGGCUGAUUCAAGAACCCUGGAGAUCAAUCAGCAGCCAUUAUCCUUAGCAAUGUUCUCAAUGCUGGCGAUUCAGCUAAUCGCAUGCUGACAUCUUGUUAUAGUCGACAGAAUCAACAGUACUGCGAGGACGAUGGGUGGGAAGCAAUCUCGCAGUUUAUCCAACAAGGAGCCGAAUGAGGUGAGUGUGAGUCAAACGAGUAAGAGCGCUGCGAGAGACGAGCAGCCCAGCCUGUCGUCAGCUGCUGAGAGGAUCCGCAGACACACUACAGUGCACUUUGGCUACAGCACCCUCAGCCUGGCCAUGCGGGGGCUUGAUGGGACCCCCACUGGACUGUGGGAGCUCAGAGAACUGCAGAAGCUAAACUUGUCCAUGAACUGCCUGUGCUCUCUGCCCCCUGCCCUGGGCACUCUGGACAAUCUGGUGGUCCUCAACCUGUGGGGUAACAACCUGUCCAGCCUCCCGCCCGAGAUCGGCCUCCUGAAGAAGCUGCGUGUGCUCUUCGCCUGUCGUAACCGCCUGAGCGAGGUCCCAGAGGAGCUGGGCUCCUGCGCCUGCCUGGAAGUGCUCAGCCUGGCCAACAACCAGAUCACAGGCCUCCCUGGCAGCUUGGCAACCAUGCACAAUCUGACCAAACUCAACCUUAGCCACAACCGCAUCGCUCACAUCCCCACCUGCGUCUACAGCAUGAAGGGCCUGGUCUUUCUCCACCUGGCUUGUAACCGUCUGGAGACCAUUGCAGAUCAGAUCCAGGACUUGGUUAACCUAAAGAUCCUCAUCGUGGAGGGAAACAGUAUCCACACACUGCCUAAGACACUGUGCUUCCUGGAGUCUUUAGAACUCCUCAACGUUGACUUUAAUGAUCUGCAAAAUGUGCCGGUAGAAAUGUACCUACUGAGCAGGCUUAGGAGGUUGGCCUGCCACCCGCUGGAUAAAGGACUUCAUAUUAUCCACAACCCCCUCCUCAAACCUAUCCAGGAGGUGUUGCAAGGAGGACUCAGUGCCUUCUAUAACUACCUCAAGCCCACGUGAGGGACUACCACUGUGUGUCUGUGUGUGUGUGUGUGUGUGUGUUCAUCUGUGGGUGUGCGUCUAAAAGAGUGUGUCAUAAUGGGAUGGUGGCACAAAUUUGACCCCUGACACGUGGUAGUCAUGCUGGGAGUGCCAGCUGUUACCGCUAACUGCCUGAGUACAUACACAAGACAAAUGACCAUUACUCAGUAUUAAAAUGAAUAUUUCCUGUUUUUUUAUGUAAUGUAAAAGUUGGGUUAAAAAUAAACAACAAGUAACUGCUG